AUUAACGGCCUCAUGCCAUCACCUUCCAACCGGUGAGAGACUGAGAGUCGUAAUUAAUAAAUUCAGCUUUUCUUGCGUUAGCUCAUGCAAAGUCCGACAAAUCCGGUGUCGAGAGAUCUACUUUAUAACAUGCAAGACCCAGGCACAUCAUCGGCGAGACGCAUACAUUCGCAGCCCAUGGGAACCCGUCGACGCGCAUGCGAUCGUUGUCGAAGGCAGAAGCUCAAGUGUGACGUGGAGAAGCCAUGCUCAUUAUGCGUUCGGUCUGGUUUCGCGUGUGAAACAACAUCGGCACCGCUGAGGAAAUCUCGGAAAUCCCAGAAGCCAGCAGUUGCAAGGCGUCAAAAUGCCGAUCAUGUGCGAUUUAAUGGGCCCCCUGCAAGGCCAGACACCGCAUUCUCGGAUCCUUCCCAGGAGAGAGUGAGAGACAGUCGAGAGUGGGAGGAGAAUGAGCUGGGAAACCGAUCGGAGUUGCUUCCUGAACCACACAGAUAUGCUCAAGUAUCUGCAAUCGAGCUCACGGACGAACUAUUUCAAAUACAUGAUCAGGGGUCAGUUGUAUCACCAGCCGAGAGUGAUAUUACCUCUGCACUCCCUGGGGGAGAUCACCUCAGUCGCCGAGAGCAUGCGCGUCCGGGAAAUGAGAGACGAUUCAGUUUAUCAUCCCAGUUUCAGGGACUUAUUCUCCCCUCUCGAAGACUUUGUGACUUUCUUUUUCAAUCAUACUGGGACUCUGUGCAUUGGUUUAUGAUGCUCCUUGAUGAAGAGGCUUUCAAAAGGGAAUACAGAGAGAUCCUAGACAGCCAGUCUGUGGCCCCGCAACAAAUGGGGACAGCUGUACUGAUCUUAAUGGUUCUUACCAUGGGUGCAAGAUAUGCCGCUGAUGACAAGAUAAGACGAGUCGGCGUUAAUAGACAAGAAUUACAGGUUUUCCAAAACAAUAUGCUGGAUCAAAUACGCGCUCACUUUUUUGACGUCCUUGAUACGGGGGACGUUGAAUGCGUUCAACUGUGCAUCUUGUUGAGCACGUUCUAUCUUUAUAAUGGCAAACCUAAUCUGGCAUUCCCUAUACUUGGUGCAGGAACCCGCAGUGCCCAAGUACAGGGGCUACAUAAUGAAGCUCUAUGGCGCAUCAAGAACAUGGCCACUGUCGAGGUUCGCCGACGAACGUGGUGGGCUUUGUACGUUCUAGAGAGGUUUGCAUCAAUGACUUACGGGCGUCCAUCAUCAAUCGACUGCACGUUUUGCGACGUGAAAAUGCCCCAGGACAUGAACGAUACUUUGAUCGUCCAUCCGUUAUUAAACUCGAUAGAGUUCUCAAACAAGCAGCCCCAAUCACAGGUCACGUUAGGGACAUACCAGCGGGCCAAGUUUGAGUUGUACUGCAUAGCAGCCCCAAUAAUGGAUAAAGUAUACAGUUUCGGAGCAACAGUCCCAACCUCUGUCGUGGAACAGGCGGCGGAAAUCAACACUCGGCUGGUGGAGUGGUUUAGCCAACUCCCACCGGAACUGAGGCUGGAUCCCAACGUGGAUUUGGAUACAAGCAAGUUGUCCACCUCAGAGGUUAAGGUCUGUCAGCUUUUCCAGCUCCAAGCGCUGACCCUCCAGCUUGCAUAUGAUAACAUUCAAAUCAUCCUACAUCGCCCGUUUCUGCGACAUAACCGCAGCUUGCUCAUGACACCCGCUACCCACGCCUCGGAAGCACGCCCAACAAGCUUUGAGCAAUGCAAUCAUUGCGCUCGUCGGACGUGCAGCAUUCUGCCGCGAUAUACUCAGGUCCUUCUGGCGGCCCAAAAUACCCACGCAGCGGCAUACAUUGCAAUGCAGAACUUCACUGCUGGUGUGACUCUCGGUAUGGUAGCUCUGUCAAACCCUAGUUCAGAGCAGUCCCAAGAUGCCAAGAAAGGAGUUGCAAACUCCAUCUCUUUGCAGAAGGCGCUUGCCGCGUCGUCUAUAGUCCCCUCUCAAACGGUCAAGGUCCUAGAGGCUCUCUUUCGGCUCAUUUUCCAGCGUGAGAUGCAGUCACUACUUGGGAAUCAGCCGUUUGACCUAGAGAGCCCGAGGGGCUGCACGAGUAAUCAAUUAAAGACACGUGAAGGCCGUGACAAGUCUGCUCCGACGAACUCCGAUGAUACAUGCCAGAUGGAGCCAAUGCUGUCGCACGAGGCUCGACAGAAUAGACAGGCUCAGUCAACCUGUUCUGUACUGGGUGGUACACAAGAAGAUGGCCUUUGGGGAGAGCCGGCAUCGGGGUACGAGGGUGAUGAAAAUGUCGCUCUAGAUGCUGAUCCCGGAAUCGGCCAGGCUUUAGAGUCAAUACAACAAGUCCUUUGGGAACAUUCCGACUCGAUGUUCCAAUCAGCCUCAGGUGUCUCCAACUCUGAUCCGCAAAACACUGUCGCUGCACAACCAAGAUCUUCAAUGAAUGAUCUCUCUGAUAUUCCGCCCUUCCCUUCGCCCCAGGCUUCAAUGAAUGCAACGAUUGACCCCGCCACCCAAGGCCUGAUCGGCUCCAAUGACCCAUUCUAUGGUCAGACCUGGAUGUGGAAUUGGAACGACUUGCACUAACUUGGCUGACAAACGGUAGCCAGUCUACUACUGUAUCAAUCCAACUGCUGUUCAACCGGGGCGGCUGAGCCUCUUCUGUAGAGAUCGCAAUGAACGUAUAAGCGGCAACGACGUGCCAUGUAC